AUGACAAAGUCGCAGCACUUGGCGUAUUGCGCAACCGCGAAGCACGACUCGUGGCAAUACACCCAGGCGUGCAUCAAAGGCGUCUGGGGGUCGCUUUAUGGGCGCACUGCUGCGCCCGAGGACGAGCAGGUCACCAGUAUCGCUGUGCCUGUCUCGGUCGCGAGCGAGACGGUCGCUGUGCCGACUACGCUGGCGACGAUGGUCAGGGCCAAGGUGAGUGUCGAGGUGGAGGUGCCCGCCGAUGGUGUUGAUGCCGAUGAGGCGGAUGACGCCUCCAGCGAGGUCGGCCUCGAGAAGAGAGGCUUCUGGGAUCUCUUCGCAAAAAUUGGGAACAUCUUCAACAAGAAGGGCGACAAGAGCAGUAUCGCCUCUGCAGACUCCUCGGAACCUGCGGAGCACGAUGACAGCCAACAUGUAAAUGAUGUAAUUAUAAGCGACAAUCAGAAAUUCGCAGCGCGCUACCAAAGACAGUAUCAGAAAGUGGUCGACAGUGGUGUGGUGCCGCAGCCGCCUGCCAGGGCCAGGACCUCAUCGCCGCUGCAGAUCGAAGCAGCAGUACGGCGGAGGCACCGUCAUGGCCUUGAGGAUAAAGACACACUUCGUCGGCCCACAUCAUACGUUGCGCCCACAGCGCCGAUACGAGGUUCGAGGCACUCACCAGAUGACUCGCCUGUGUCAACUCCAGGGUCGUCGAGACCACCCAGUCCUCACGUUGGCGGGAAGCUGAAGAUACUGGUAGUUGGCGGUACUGGCGUUGGCAAGAGCACAUUGAUCAGCCAGCUUUGCAAGACUUCGAAACGUGGACCAAAGAUCGGGCACACUCUGAUGUCCUGCACGUCGGACAUUCAGUCCUUUGACUGCACGCUCGAUGGGGUCGACUUUGAACUCAUCGAUUCGGCUGGAUUCGAUGACAACCGGAUGUCUGACGAGGAGGUGCUACAGAGGCUCGCCAGGUAUCUCCGUUCGAAUCCAGGGAUUCACGGUGUCAUCUUCUGCCAUCGCAUCUCUGACACCAGGUUAACUGGUUCAGCAGCGAAAACGGCUCAGAUCAUCCACGAGCUUUGCGGCCCGGCCUUCCAGGACAGAAUUGCGCUGGUGACCACGAUGUGGGAUCGCGUUCGAGACACGAAGGUGGCGGAGAGACGAGAAGAUGAGUUGCUGCAACAUCCGCGAUUUUGGAGACCAUUUCACCAGCACCGUGACCGUCCUGUACAGCCAUUCAGAUUCUCGCUCUCUGGUGAGGGACCUGUUCACUCUGCAGAGGACAUUGCAAGAUUCUUCGUCGGACAACAAAAGAGAUUUUUCGAAAAGCCUGUGGAGCUGCAGCUUGCAGCGGAGAUGAAGCAGCAGCGGCUGCUAAGCGAGACUGCGGCUGGCGCACUUCUCAAAACCUCAGAGUUGCCACUUCGUGCCACCCGGUCACGGCACUCCUAG